AGCAGUGCAGUCCACCAAUCAGGGGUGAGAAGAGGCGUGACACCCUCAACUUCGCGCAAAAGUCUUUUUCAGCGACUGUCACUGAGUUGCACAACGAGAUCUGAGUUUCCAGCAGCGCAUUAAAGCAUUAGCACCAUUCACCCGUAAGGGAUACGCAUACGAUUUCACCGACAUCCAGAAGGAUUUUGGCCAGAGGGACCCAGAAAUGACCGAGGAGCGCGACAAGUCUUUGGCGGACGCGCCGGGCAGUCCGACAGGUACCUCCAGCUCAGCGUCUCAGGACGAAUCGGAUUCGGACGCGCCCUCUUCACCGGCUGGAUCAGACAGUCACGGAUUGCUCCACUCGUCUGACAAAAAAAUGGACGAAGAGGAAGAUGACAGGUUCCCAGCGUGUAUCCGGGACGCCGUGUCCCAGGUGCUCAAGGGCUACGACUGGUCACUGGUGCCGAUGCCCGCGCGAGCCAACGGCGCACUCAAGAGCAAGCCGCACGUGAAGCGGCCCAUGAACGCGUUUAUGGUGUGGGCGCAGGCGGCGCGCAGAAAACUGGCCGAUCAGUACCCCCAUCUCCAUAACGCCGAGCUCAGCAAAACUCUGGGCAAACUCUGGCGUUUAUUAUCCGAGAAUGAAAAGCGGCCCUUUGUAGAAGAGGCCGAAAGACUGAGGGUACAGCACAAGAAGGAUCACCCUGACUAUAAGUACCAACCAAGGCGUAGGAAGAGUGUGAAGCCAGGACAAAGUGACUCCGAUUCUGGUGCCGAGCUAAGCCAUCACAUGUACAAGGCUGAACCAGGCAUGGGUGGCCUGGCAGGAUUAGCUGAUCAUCACCACACAGACCAUCCAGGUCAGCCCCAUGGACCUCCAACACCACCAACAACACCUAAAACCGACCUUCACCAUGGUCAUGGCGGAAAGCAAGACAUGAAGAAUGAAAGUCGGCGUCUUCUGGACACUGGGCGUCAGAAUAUUGACUUCAGCAAUGUAGACAUAUCUGAGCUUAGUACGGAUGUCAUGAGCAACAUGGAGGCUUUUGACGUGCGUGAAUUUGAUCAGUACCUUCCUGUAAAUGGGCAUUCUGUAGCCUCCUCCAUGGUUUCGGAACCCAAUCCUGGUGUUUACGGUGCUUCAUACAGCCACUCUGGGGCGAAUGGAGCUGCCUGGAGCCGCAAAGCAGCUCUCUCUUCCUCCUCUGCCUCUUCUUCUGGAUCCGGUGACAUGGGUCAGCACAGACCCCACAUCAAAACAGAGCAGCUGAGCCCGAGUCACUACAGUGAGCCAUCUCAUAGAUCACCUUCUCACUCUGACUAUGGUUCCUAUGGUGCGCAAAGCUGCACUACUUCGACUGCUCCUUUCCCAAGCUCGCCAUGCGACUAUACAGACCUACAAAGCCCUGGCUACUACAGUCCAUAUUCCAGCUAUGCCUCCAGCCUUUAUCAGUACCCCUACUUUCACUCAUCGCGGAGGCCUUAUGGAGGCACCAUUCUCAACAGCUUGUCUAUUCCACCUUCCCACAGCCCCACUGCGAACUGGGAGCAGCCGAUUUAUACCACCCUGUCGAGGCCUUGAUCAGGUACAGAUUAACGUUCUGUACUGUAAAAGCACUUCUGAAGGAAUAGCAGACAAGAAGGGGUAUGUUUGCUUAUUCAAGAGUAGAAGAAGAAGAAGAAAAAGUGCCUGCUGAAUUUGCCCACACCCAAACAAACUCUUAUCCAAACUCUCAUGGAUGGUGCAUAACCAGAUAGUACCAGUUCAGCACGCAGAAAUCCUCUGUGAGGACCACCUGUCACUGUUUCUCUCCAUUCCCAACAUAUAGGCCUUCUCUUGGAAUUGUAUUUUUUUAAUGACUGAGUAUAUGCCACUGAUUUAUGUAGAAGAGAAGCACAUGAGUAUGCCAAAUCCGUUUAAGAAGCAGAUGGAGAAACAGAUACACACAUGCACUGGGACCAAUUAUUUUAAAAUAUAAUCCAAUAGAAAGAGUCAACUAUAAAAGUUUUCUUGCCCACCAACUUCUUAAUUAUUAUAAACAUAUUUGUUUCCCUUUUUUUGGUAAGAAAUAUUCCAUAUCUAUUUAUGUUAACUGUUCUCUCAUUCCUUGUGUUUAAGUUGUAUAUUUGUAAAAAUAUUUUUUGGGGGGGUUAUUAAUGGUUGGGUGAUGAAGAUAUUGAAUUUUGUGCUAUUUUACAAUCAGUUGUAUUAUUGUAGCAUAUAGCAAUCCUGGAAAGAAAUUAAAUGCACACACACACACACACACACACACACACACACACACACACACACGCACGCACACACGCACACAUGCACACGUUGCCAUUCCAUACCAUUUAAAUGAAGCAAUGGAUGAAACAGAAGAGGUCAAUAUGGAGUCAACAGGCAUUUGUAGUAAUUGCGUUAGGCGUGCACAAGCCAAAUUAGCCUUUUGCAGUCUGUAGUCUUUUUUUUUAUUACUAUUUUCAAUUUAAAUACAAACCCUUAAAAAAUAUAUAUGCUAAAGUGAAUAAUACAUUUGCUGACAUAAUAUUUGCGUGUAUAAACACGUAUAUACACCAGGAAUAAGCAUCUAUUUAUAUCCGAUGUUUUGGCAUUUAAAAUACAAAUUUGCCAUAUAUUAAUUUUCCUCAUUUGAAUAUGUUGAUUCACUUUCAUUAUGUUGAAUCUUUGUUGAAUUAACAUGCCUUCAUCCCUCUGUCACAUCACCUGUUUUAACCCGUUGUUUCAGAAAUGUUUUUUUGCCGUUUUCAUAGUGACAUUGGAGAUGCAUAUUAUAAUUUUUUCCUAAACAUGUUGUUUUAUUCUGGCUGUGAAAAGCCAAACAGUGUUCUUUUAUUUUAUUGUUGUCAUUUUUGAAAAGUUGGCUGUGAAGGUUUUUUUAAUGUGUUAACAAAGCUAACCUUAACUGCAGGCCCUAUAUGUGAAAAAAAACAAUAAACCUUUUUUCCUGAA